UCCCACUUUUCUACGUGCCUUUUUGAAUACCUCUGUUGUAAAGAUGUCUCAUGAUCACCACAUGAACAGCUCCACAUUGCCAACCACGCAUCCUCCUGAACAUGUCCACUCAACAGCAGCCCCAGGACAUGAUCAUGGAUCUGGAAUGAUGAUGAUGGCAAUGACUUUCCACUUCAGCUAUGAGAAUGUGCCAUUGCUGUUUUCUGGACUUACAAUCAAUACUCCUGGAGAAAUGGCUGGUGCUUUUGUGGCUGUCUUCUUCCUGGCCAUGUUUUAUGAAGGCCUUAAGAUUGCCCGAGAGUGUCUGCUCCGUAAAUCCCAAGUCAGCAUUCGCUACAACUCCAUGCCAGUGCCAGGUCCCAACGGCACUAUCUUGAUGGAGACACACAAAACUGUUGGACAGCAGAUGCUGAGCUUCCCUCACCUCCUGCAGACUGUACUGCACAUCAUUCAAGUCGUGGUCAGUUACUUCCUCAUGCUGAUCUUCAUGACGUACAACGGAUACCUCUGCAUAGCUGUGGCAGCAGGGGCAGGGACAGGCUAUUUCUUCUUCAGCUGGAAAAAGGCAGUUGUUGUGGAUAUCACGGAGCACUGCCAUUAACACUGGGUGCCGCCCAGAAGCCUCUCCACCCCAAUGCUCUCUUGAAGUGCAGCCAUCACGAGGACUGGAUCAUUCCUAAGCUGAAAGAGAAACAAUAGAAAGAAAAUCAACUGGAGUUCACCACGAGUUCCUAGCUGGGGUGUAGGGAUGUGAGGAGCUGGGGUACGCAGCUCCUCCUUGCUGCAGGUACGUUGCUCCUCCUUGCUGCAGCCUGGCAGCAGGAUUGACUGUUGAGGGUCCUGUGGUAGCCGUUCUUGGCUAGGAUUUGCUUUAUUCUUAGAUUAUGCCGUGAUUGAAA